UAGGAGGGUUUAACAGGGAGUGUUUUGUCGGGAGUUGCCUGUCACCAAGGAGAAGGCGAACAGGACUCUCAAGAGGAAACACAACAGAGCGUUGACCAGGCCCUGAAAAAGAGUGUCUCCCUCUUUUUCUGGAUCUUGCACCAGAAAUUCUGAAAAUUCCUUAAGGGGUGGUGAAGGUGAGGGUGUAAAAUGGGAGGCUUGUGGUUUAAGGGGGAUGCGAGAGUUGCCUCGUGGAGCGUUUGCUGACCAACGGGAGAGACAUUCACCUGCUUGCUGAGAAGGAAUAUUCAACUGGUGACCAGAACUAACCAUCAGGACCGCGAGGUCAUGAGAUGCGGAUCUUGGGAAGUCCUCUCAGAGAAGCUCCUGUCUUACUGGUAUUUUGAUAAGAGGAUUUGGCCAUGUUGCUUAGGGGAUCAAAUGUUCCCUGGUUCUGUGAGAACUGAUGGAGAACAAAGGAAGGGACGAGAGGAGGGAGUAAGUUGGCUCCAUACACAAUACAACCUCCAUGGGGAUUCUUUGAUGCCUCAGGUGGUUGGGAGCCGUUCAAGGAAUGGGGGCUCAUAAAUGUCAAGGAGAAAACUGGAAUUCUAAAGGCUGAUAAGCAACUUUCUCACUGAGUCCCCUUCAGGGCUCUUCUUGCAGGAAAAUGCCAGGAAUGCAAGAGACUCGCAUGAAGAGCAUCCGUCUGUAUAAGACCAGCGAGCAAUACCUCUACGCCAUGAAGGAGGAUUUGGCGGAGUGGCUCAAGGAACUCUAUGAUCUGGACAUCGACGUGGGGUCCUUUCUGGAAGUCCUGGAGACGGGGAUCUUGCUUUGCCACCAUGCCAAUAGCACCACCCAAGUGGCUCAUGACUUCAAGCAGAGGUACCCGGGUCUGGGCAACAAUCUCCAGCUGCCCAUGUGUCAGGUGACUUGCAAUGACUUGGCCCAGCCGGGGACAUUCCAAGCCAGAGACAACGUGUCCAACUACAUUCAGUGGUGCCGGAAGGAGAUGGGCAUUCAAGAAGUCCUGAUGUUUGAGACGGAGGACCUGGUCUUGCGCAAAAAUGAAAAGAACUUUGUCCUCUGCCUCUUGGAGGUGGCCCGGCGAGCCGCCCGCUUCGGCAUGAGCGCCCCCACCCUCGUCCAACUGGAGGAGGAGAUCGAGGAGGAGAUCCGCGAGGACUUGAACCUGCCGCCAGAGGAGACGCCCCUCCCCAGGGCCCGGAGGAAGCCUGACAACUUCAGGAACCUGGACCAGAUGGUCCAGAACCUCGUCAGCUGUUGCACCUGCCCCGUUCAGUUCUCUAUGACCAAAGUCUCCGAAGGGAAGUACCGCGUGGGCGAUUCGAGCGCGCUCAUUUUUGUUAGGAUCCUGCGGAAUCAUGUGAUGGUCCGAGUGGGCGGUGGCUGGGACACCCUGGAACACUACUUGGAUAAGCACGAUCCCUGCCGAUGCACCUCGCUCUCUCACAAACAAGCCUUGAAGAUGGGCAGUCCUCAGAAGGUUCAAGCCACGCAGGUCCAACACGAGAUCACAGCCCGCUUAACGCCCAGGAAAAACAACCCCCACAAGCCCCAGCCUGCUUUAAUUGUCACCCGGUCCCAAAGCCCACUGCCCCCAGUGGAGUGGAGGACCUAUACGCUCCACAGCCAAGGCACAGGGGGGAAGGUUCCACCUUCAUCUUCAUCACCACCAAACAACGGUGGUCGCAGUGACAGGAAAACGGCAGGCCUGCUGAUCUCCCCGGAGCCCUCGGAACAUCGCAGGGUCCCUUCAAUCAGGGUGAGGGAACGCUCUGUUACUCCAGUCCGGAAGUUGUCAGCCCCUGAAGAGAGACCCGGAUCCAAGCUAGCUCUCUCGGCACAGAGUGGAAGAGAGGCCUGUUGUGUCCUGUUCCAGCAGAAUGGAAACAUGGAGAACAACUUGCAUGUUCAGCAACCUCUUCUGGAGCCACAACGUGGAUGGUCACCCAACAGAGUCCAGAUGCUGGCUCCUCAGAAACAGAAACCAGAGAGGCUGGCACUGCCUGGAACCGUUGCAAGGAGGGAUGCAGUGAUUCGGCUACCAGGAAAGUUCCAGCAAGAAAUGAAUGGCCCACAGACUCGUUCAUCUAGCCCAACCAAGUCCUUCCAGGCACCUUACCAACAGCCUGCCAAGGCCCUGAUGGAAAGCUCAGUGGGACCGCAAGGAGGGGUUACUGGAAAUGGAUGGAGGAAGGACUUGAUAGCCCGGCGAUCACCCUCUCCAAUAAAACACGUGUGUCUGGUUCAGAAAGAGAAUGGCAGCCCCAAGACCUCAGGUAAAGUUGUUCCAACUUCCAGAAGGCCUCCAGCUCUUAGUAAGAGCUAUCAGGAGACCUUCUGCCUUAGAAAUGGGGGUAAUAACUUGGACAAAGGCCCAGCCAGCUUGCACAGCAAAGGACUGCUCAAGAAUGAGGCUGCUCUUCAGAGAGAACGGGACAAGAUGGGCAAUCUGGAAGAAUCAAUUGUCAGGCUUUCUGAUAGCUCAGGGGAUGGAAUUGGCCAAUUGACCUUGGGACCAAAAAUGAAAGGCAGCAGGACAUCAUUGGGGCAAGAGAGCAUUCCAGGAAGCCCUUGUAAGGAUGAUCAAAAGAGUUAUGAAGACACUAAGGAACCUGCAGGGGAAAAGGAACGUGUCUAUACACCGCUGCCUAUUAACCUAGCUGAAGAGCAAGCUUUGUAUAGGAGCCUAGAGGAUGAGAUUUUGGCCAAUAUCAGGGAGCUGGAGGAAGUCUCUGAAGGCAGCUACCUUUCUAGAGGACCUCAGUCGGAAGGGUUUGGAAUGGACCAUGAUCGAGGGAGAGACUGUAUGGCCUUAUCCCCUAAUGGGCAGAAGUCAUUCACACCCACCCUGUCCCCUUUGCAGAACACCACAAUCAGGACCUCAGUCUCUGGGGAAGGUGUGCCUCGGAGUGGAGUGUAUGUGCCCAAAAGAGAGGUGAGAUGGCUGGGCACAGCUGGGCUGCACUAUGACAGUGUGAUCCAAGAGCUCUCCAUGACACUCAACCAGGAACGCGCGGGGACUGAGGAAAGUUUGCCUCUGUUGAGUCGUUCUCUGGUGAAUGGAAACCAAGCUGAAAAGACAUUUCUGGGGAGACAGGGAGCUCCUGAGGAGAACUGUGUAGCCCCUGAAAUGGAAGAUGAAGAACCAUCUCACACAGUCCAUGAAGCUCAAGCAGAAGUCAACACAAAUGGUGGAAACUCUCAAGAAGUGCCAGAUGGAGUCUUUGAUUCUCCAGAGAGUCUUACCGCUCCUGGGGACACAAAACUGCCUCAGAGUAAGCUGAGGCGGUCUCUGAAGAAACCGGAGCGCGUGCCCUCCAUUUACAAGCUGAAGCUGCGCCCCAAAAUCCGACCACGCAGAGACAACAGGCCGGAAAAGAGGCCUUCAAAGAUUCCCACUCCGGUUGCAUGCAGACACGCCCAGAGAGGGUCCCGUGUUAAGGGCCAGGCAAAAGCCCACAGCACCAAAUCCCAGACCCCAGAUGGCCCAGUUAGUGGGAGGCAAAAUAACUCAGGGAACACUGGGUCUGAAGGCCGGGCUGUGCUUUCUGAGUACAGCCCAUCCUCCAAGCAAGAUGGGGAUCCUGGGAGGAAAACAACCAUGACAGAGGGGAAAAUGGAGGUGUCAGAUGAAGAGGAAUCCUGGGUGUGACAUUUUCUAAAUAUGCAAUUGCAGUCUCACUGUUGCAAUUGCAGUCUCACAAUUGCAAUUGCAGUCUUUUGAUCUGCUUAACCCCCAUCUCCAAGCUUUGCAACCAGCAGCCUCACUUUUUUUUGCAAGAAGGAUGCAUUGAGAUUUGCAUCACAUGUGUUUACAGUUAUGUGUUAGCUACAUGAUAUGUUGAAUGGUUACCUCCCUCCUACUCUCUCAGCUUCCUAAAUAAUUAGCAGGCACUGAUUGCAGGUCUUUGCUUAUAACCAUAAGGACUA